AUGGUGAAAAGAAAAUGGGAUAUGCUCGGAAUUUGGUUUCUUUUCCCCUUCUCGCGGUUCUCACUCCCUUCUCUUGGGGUAGUUCCCAGGCUCUGCGAUCGGGUUAAUGGGCCAUGGUAUUUGAGGCCACUUUGCUGGGAUUACAUGACAGAGUGGGCUUUGUUUAUUGGAUCUCCCUUUUGGAGCCCAACUGGAUAUCACCGCCCCCGCCGUCGGUUUCUCUUCCCUCGAACCAAAAGAGUUCACUGCCAUGGCCACUCGCCGGAAGCCCGCCACCAACUCCAAGAUCUCAGACGUGAUCCGGGUCCAAUAUCCGGAACCCGACCCGACCCCGAACCGAAUCCGGACCCGCCUCUCUCCCCCCCGAAGCUAGGGUUCAUUCUCCCCCUCUCGGCCCUCUUGUUCCUCCCCUUCUUCUACCUGGUCUUCUUCCAUUACGAGAUCGACGGAGAGCUCCGGAGGUCGAUCGCCAUCAACGCGGCGAUGAGCAUCGGUGGCUUCGUCCUGGCCGUACGAUUGAUUCCUGUGGCGGCGAGGUAUUUGCUGAGGAGGAACAUGUUCGGCUAUGAUAUUAACAAGAAGGGGACUCCUCAAGGCGCAAUUAAAGUGCCUGAGUCGUUGGGGAUCGUGAUAGGGAUUGUCUACUUGCUCAUCGCCAUUCUUUUCCAGCACUUCAACUUCACUGCUGACUCCAAUUGGCUUGUUGAGUAUAAUGCAGCGCUAGCAUCUAUCUGCUUCAUGAUUCUUCUUGGAUUUGUAGACGAUGUUCUUGACAUUCCAUGGAGAGUAAAAUUGGUAUUGCCAUCAUUUGCAGCACUUCCCUUACUGAUGGCAUAUGCUGGGCAUACUACGAUCAUCAUACCGAAGCCUCUAAUUCAGUAUACUGGAGUAGCCAUUCUGGAUUUAGGUUGGAUAUACAAGCUUUAUAUGGGUAUGUUGGCCGUGUUUUGCACAAAUGCCAUCAACAUUCAUGCUGGCAUCAAUGGUCUUGAAGUUGGGCAAACAGUUGUCAUUUCAGCUGCAAUUUUAAUACAUAAUGUGAUGCAAAUUGGUGCAUCUUCAGAUCCUGAAUACAAACAGGCUCAUGCAUUCUCAAUUUACCUAGUCAUGCCCCUUCUUACUACAUCAUUGGGUUUACUUUCAUAUAACUGGUAUCCGUCUACAGUAUUUGUUGGUGACACCUAUACUUAUUUUGCUGGAAUGGCUAUGGCGGUAGUCGGAAUACUUGGCCAUUUCAGUGAGACACUGUUACUAUUCUUCUUGCCGCAGGUUUUAAAUUUCCUUUAUUCAUGUCCUCAGCUUUUCAAGAUUAUUCCCUGCCCUAGGCAUCGUCUGCCAAGAUUUGAUCCCCAAACGGGGCUGCUGACUGGAACGAAAGAUGGGACACUCGUCAACCUAUUCCUCAGAUUGUUUGGGCGUUGCUCCGAGAAGGCAUUGUGCAUUAGACUCCUUAUUUUUCAGGCUUUGGCAUGCCUUGCCUGUUUUGGGCUGAGAUACAUGCUUGCUGGUUGGUACAAGUGAAUGCAAGAAAACACGGAGAAAGCUUCCAACUCUCAGUGAACCCUGGCAGUCUCACUGACGACAUACUGACAAGUUUGGUUAUAAGAUCGGGCCAAUCAUCUCUGUAGAAUAUAAUUUAAAAAGGUUAGUGAUGCAUUUUUUCCUGAUUCCGUCUAGAUGCUUUGAGAAGUGGCUAAAAAUUUCACAAAUACAUUGUAACUAUUAAUGUGUACAGAAGGUUUACUAUUGAGCUCUGAUUGGACUUUUAUCUCAUGUUUGCUACUCA